AUGGCAUCCAAAGGCAUAACCAUAGCAGCCUCAACCCUUGCAUUGAGGAUCUUGACCCUCUCGGCUUUGGUUGCUUGUGUGGUUGUAUUUAUCAUCAACUCCGUCUCUGUCAAAGUUGUUAUAGAGGAUUUAACCAUAAACAAUGAACCCACCAAAAUCACUGUCAGGGACUUCAUUGCAUACAGGUUUGUAAUCUCUACAGCAAUUAUUGGAACAGCAUAUACAAUAUUGCAGCUACCUUUUGCUCUGAACUAUGCCUGCACUGGAAAGAGAAUGAUGCGCAAUGAAUGCUUGCCAGAGUUCGACUUCUAUGGAGACAAGGUGAUAAGCUUCCUUCUUGCCACUGGUGCUGGUGCUGGUUUUGCUGUCAGUUUCGAGUUGAAAUCCAUUCUCAAAGAUUUAUUUACAGCUAUUGAAGACCCUACUAUUCCAGAAAUACAAGAAUCCAAAGCUAGUUAUAAUAGAUUCCUUAACAGAGGAAUUAUUGCUACUGCUGUUUUAUCUCUGGGAUUCCUUUGCACGGCUAUAAUUUCAGUCCUAUCAUCCAUCAACCGAUCCGGAAGAAAGGGUUUCUUCAACUGA